AUGGUUGGAAAAUUGCUUGUUCAUGAACUAGAACUGAGGGGAGUCAAGAAAGCUAAAGGCAUUGCACUUGUGUCGAUGGAGAAACAGCCUGAAGCAGAGUCUGACGAAGAUAACAUCAGCCUCCUUGUGCGACACUUUGACAAAGUUCUGAAGAAAUUAGAGAAAGGAAAAAGCCAACCACGAACUGGUAAUGGGAGAAAGCCUAUGACAAGAGUGAAGGGAGCAAGGAGGCACAGUGUCAUGAGUGUAAAGGUUAUGGGCAUUUCAAGACUGAAUUUCCCACUGUUAAAAGGAGAGAUAUCACAUGCUACAAGUGUAGAGGCUUCGGACACGCACAACAGGAAUGUGAAAGUGAAGAGAGGCUGGGAAAAUCGAUGA